GCCUAUAUAAACCCUGAACACACACUCAGGCGGUACUCUCCUCACGCACGCAAGAAAGAAUUCCAGUUUCAGUUUCAGUUUCGUUCUCCUUUGGCUUCUCUCUCGUUCUUCUCGCCCAAUACCCUAAUUUUUGGAUUUCUGUAAAAUCCCCAAAUUAAUCAAUCAAUGCCAGGCAAGCGCUUUCGCUUAACUCAUACGCAGAGCUUCAGCGACAUUGGUUUCAGCAACCACCGACUUUCGCCGUGGGACGCUGGUUUCGUUGCUGAUGACACGGACAAUCAGUCUCUCCAGAAGAUUAUCACGGUUUCGCCUCCCCAGCCGCUGCUGCCAGAGAAAGAGAAGGAUAUAGGAGGUGGAUUAGUGAAGACUGAGCAUUUUCUUGAUAGGUGUGGCUAUUGCAAGAAGAGAUUGAAUAAAAAACAGGAUGUCUAUAUGUACGGUUACUUGGGUGCUUUUUGUAGUCCUGAGUGCCGUGAUGCACAGAUUGCAAUUGAUAAGGCAGGGCAGGAAGUUCGUGGACAAUCAAUCGGAACAAAGACUUGAAGCAACGGGACGAAUAAAUUGUAUCUAGCU